AAAUCGAAGAAGAAGAAGAAGAAGAAGAAGGAGGAGGAGGAGAAGACGACGACGACGACGUCGUUGUUGUUGUUGUUGUUGUGUUAUAAAAAGUGACCUGGCUUCUGAAAACAUCGGACAAUGACCUCCGGCGGCGGAAUUCAGAUACCGAGCCGACUCCCUCUGCUGCUGACCCAUGAAGGGGUGCUCCUCCCAGGCUCCACCGUCAGGUUUAGCGUGGACUCUCCGCGGAACAUGCACCUGGUCAGCCAACGGCUGUUGAAGGGGACUUCGCUGAAAAGCACAAUCAUAGGAGUGAUUCCCAACACCAGAGACCCAGAGCACGACAGCGACGACCUACCCACGCUGCAUAAAAUUGGUACAGCGGGAAUAGCGGUGCAGGUGGUGGGUAGUAACUGGCCUAAGCCCCACUACACCCUCCUCAUCACCGGAUUGUGCCGCUUUAGAGUGUCAAGUCUGCUUAAGGAGCGACCUUUUGUCCUGGCAGAGGUGGAGCAGCUGGAUAAACUGGAUCAGUACACGACCCCAGCGACAGAGGGUGUCACAGCAGAAGAUGGAGAGCUGGGGGAGCUGUCCCAAAAGUUCUACCAGGCUGCUGUGCAGUUGUUAGGUAUGCUGGACAUGUCUGUUCCAGUGGUGGCUAAGUUCAGGCGUCUGGUGGACAGUCUGCCCAAGGAAACUCUACCUGAUGUGGUAGCCUCUAUGAUCCGCACCUCAAACAAGGAGAAACUACAGGUCCUGGAUGCGGUGAGCUUGGAGGAGCGCUUUAAGAAGGCUCUGCCCAUGUUGACCAAACAGAUAGAGGGACUAAAACUGCUGCAGAAAACCAGGAAAAUAAGUUCUGACAAUGAGAAGAGGGUGUUAUCGGUGCGUAAAGGUGGAGUGUUUCCAGGCCGGCAGUUCAAUCUGGAUGAAGAAGAUGAAGAUGAGGAUGGUGAUGACACUGCAGCCUUGGAGAGGAAGGUCCACAGGGCCAACAUGCCUGAAGCUGCACUCAGAGUUUGCCUCAAAGAGCUCAAGAGAUUGAAGAAGAUGCCUCAGUCCAUGCCUGAGUAUGCCCUGACCAGAAACUACUUAGAUCUGAUGGUAGAGUUACCAUGGAGCAAAAGCACCAAAGACUGCCUGGACAUCCAAGCCGCCCGUACUAUAUUGGACAAUGAUCACUAUGCCAUGGACAAGCUGAAGAGACGCGUGCUGGAGUACCUGGCUGUGAGACAGCUGAAGACUUCACUGAAGGGCCCCAUCCUCUGCUUUGUGGGGCCCCCAGGAGUCGGUAAGACCAGUGUGGGACGCUCCAUAGCCAGGACUCUUGGGAGAGAGUUUCACCGCAUCGCUUUGGGAGGCGUCUGUGACCAGUCUGACAUCCGAGGACACAGACGUACAUAUGUGGGGAGCAUGCCCGGCCGCAUCAUCAACGGUUUGAAGACAGUAGGCGUCAAUAAUCCUGUGUUCCUCCUGGACGAGGUGGACAAACUUGGGAAGAGCCUCCAAGGAGACCCUGCAGCUGCACUGCUAGAGGUCCUGGACCCAGAGCAGAACCACAGCUACACAGACCAUUACCUCAACGUGGCCUUUGACCUCUCCCAAGUGCUCUUUAUUGCCACUGCGAACACCACAGCAACCAUUCCCCCUGCCCUGCUGGACAGGAUGGAGGUGCUGCAGGUACCAGGCUACACUCAGGAGGAGAGGGUAGAGAUAGCUCACCGUCACCUGAUCCCAAAUCAACUAGAGCAGCAUGGAUUAACACCUCAGCAGCUGCAUAUACCACAGGACACCACACAGGAUAUAAUUAGCAGGUACACCCGUGAGGCAGGCGUGCGCUCCCUAGAGAGGAAGAUCGGGGCGAUCUGCCGAGCUGUGGCUGUGAAGGUCGCUGAAGGUCACAGAGUCACCAAGACAGAGGCUUCGAACCCCGAGGGCCCAACACAGCAGAGAGACAAGACAGCGCCUCCAGAGAUGCCCAUAGUGAUCGACCACAUCGCCCUGAAAGACAUCCUGGGACCUCCGCUGUUUGAAAUGGAGGUUUCUGAGCGGCUCACCCUGCCCGGUGUGGCUCUGGGCCUGGCUUGGACCCCCCUCGGUGGGGAGAUCAUGUUUGUGGAGGCCAGUCGAAUGGAGGGAGAAGGUCAGCUCACUCUGACUGGUCAGCUGGGGGACGUUAUGAAAGAAUCCGCUCAUCUGGCCAUCAGCUGGCUCAGAACAAACGCUAAAACCUACCAGCUCACCAACAUGGUGGGGGGUCCUGAUCCGCUAGAAGGGACAGACAUCCACCUCCACUUCCCCGCUGGAGCUGUAACCAAGGAUGGUCCCUCUGCAGGUGUUACCAUAGUAACCUGCCUAGCCUCGCUGUUCAGCGACCGAUUGGUCAGAUCCGACGUUGCCAUGACAGGAGAGAUCACGCUAAGAGGGCUGGUGCUGCCGGUGGGCGGAAUCAAGGACAAGGUCCUGGCGGCCCACAGGGCAGGAGUGAAGCGAGUCAUCCUCCCUAAACGCAACGAGAAGGACCUUGAGGAGCUUCCAGCCAACGUCCGAGCCGACCUCGACUUUGUCACCGCCGGAAACCUGGAUGAGGUGCUGAACGCCGCCUUUGAUGGAGGGUUCCCAGGGACAGCCAGCGCCCGCACACACACUCAGCUGACCAGCAAACUGUAACACACUGUGAAGUGAAGAAAGCGUUCCUUAAUAGUCCUAACAGAGGAGAGAGUGUCAUGUUUCAGCUUGGACAUCUUACAGUCUAAUGAGUUUUUCCCUGAUUGUUGCAGGAAACACCAGUUAGUGUGCACAUCUGUAAUCCUGACCAGUCAUGUUAUUGAUCUUUGAUGCUGUUUUUAAGGUUCUUUGAAAAUGAAAAUCAACAGUAAAGUAUUAUUUUCCUAUUGAAGAGGUAAUUUGAGGUAAUUGAAGCUACAAUUCAGUGUCAAGCCCUGUAGGAGAAUUACAUGGAUAGUACAACUCCAUAAUGUGAAGUUAUACUGGUAUGGCAUCCUUGUUAGCACAUACUGGCACAGUACAGCCAUUCACAGCCAACAUAGACUAGAUCCAGGUCACCUCAUUACUGUCAUGUUGGUGCCUUUUGGGGUUUAGCCUUAGUUUUUCUAGACUGCCUGACUGCUGUAUUUCCAUUGUAUUAAUAACACUGCUAUAGCCAAGCCAAGUGGAUGUGAACUUAUUAAUGCCACGACACAUUGGUGAGCACCUAUUGCACUCAUUGAUUUAGCUUGAUUGCUACAGUUAGUGCUGAAAAGUAAGUUCAAAUCAGUCUGUCAGAUGGUUUGUGUAUGUGAUGAUGGAAGCUGAUGAGAUGUGUUCAGAUGGUCUGGAUACCUGCAGCCUGUUUGAAUGACUGUGUUUAAUCACACAUUGUAAUCCAGUGUAGCCUGAUUUCAGCUAUUCAGCUGGUGGAUGUUUUACCAGUUCUUGUAAAUGCAGAUUUUGAAAUGUAUUAGCUUUGCAAACUUUAUUACAACUAACUAACUUAAGACUACAGUUAGUUUGAUCAUACGGUAUGUAUCAGAUCCCAUACUGAGGCACUGCCUGCAUGAGGUGUGGAAACAAUUUCUCUGUCCAGAUAUUCUUAAUCCAAAAUGCCAUUUUUCUGGCAGAAUGAAUCAUACCCAUUUACUGUCUGGAAUCAUGUGCAUCUGUGGGCCAAGCUUGUAUGAAGAAAGUGGCAAAAUGCAGUAAAAGGUUGUCAGACUAGUCAUAAAUAUAACUGUAUACAUCAAUAAAUAAUAUUGCUAGUUAAAAUGUGUAAAAACUGAUAUGAAGCUUUAUACCUUCCCUUUAACCUCCAGUUUCUUGAAACUUCAUUUCCUUUAACGUUCCCCUUUCUUCUUUAUUUUCUUUAUUUAUUUAUUUUUGCUCUUUGCACAUAUUUAAUCAUUUAUUUAUUCCCUAUUUCCCCCCGUAGCCUUUCCCCAGACUUAUUUCCAAGAGAGAUGCACUUGAAGAUGAAGAUAAUAUGAAAAUAGAAGCAUGGUGUCUGUGAACUUCUGAGUAGCAUUAGCAAGCUAAAGCUUUGUUGUCUCAAGCUUUGUUAGCAUUAGCUUGUCGGCUAAAAUUCUUUAGCAGCUGUUACAGUGAUGCUACAGCAGUAUGCAGUACAGUAUAUGGAUGAUUUAGCAUUACAUUUUACAUUAACAUUAUGACAAAGGUUAGCCUCAGCUAAGUAGCUAGCUGAAAAUGCUGGUGCUCAGUGAGUUUAGCCACUAGUGUUCUCAGUUAAGCUUGCUAGCCAAACAGUCCUCUCAUGAAAGACAGAUGGAAGAGGCAAAUAAUUAAAAAAAACAAAUUUCACUCAGCUGAAUGAAGAUAGAGGAAAAAGAUAAAGCUUUAUAUCUCUUUUGACUGUCCAUUUAAAAUAUUUAACUAACAAUAUUAUUUAUUGAUGUAUUUAGUUAUAGUUUUGAUUCCGAUUUCAGGGCUCCAUAACAUUGCGUUUUUGUUGACUUUAUUUUACAUCAGGGCUUUAUGAUAUCUAUCUUCCAGCACUGUGUUCAUACAGUAGUAUACCCUGCAGAUAAGAAGCAUACCGACUGACAGAGGUCAGUGACAGGCAGAAGUGGAUCAAAUCUGUGUCUUGCUAGUGAUCUGUAACCACAAUGCUGUACCUCUACUGAGGUGUUGACUAUUAUUUAUAUGAAAGAUGGGGGGUGUAGAAAACUGUAGCACUAGUGACUUUUAAAUAGUACAACGCAACUCUAAGUUCAUACUAAACCAAGAUGCACGUGUCCUGUUAAAUAACUAAAAAUUGAGAGUUGAAUUAAAGAUGCUUGAAAUCUUG